CUUCUCUUACCGUACCUCCACCACCGCUUUCAUAUCCUGCCGUGGCUGGGGCUUCCCUUGCAGCACAUUUGAUAGUAUGGCCUCCCUCCACUUUUGCUCGGAAUGCAACAACCUGCUGUAUCCCAAAGCCGACCCGCAACGGCGCAUCAUGGUCUACGCCUGCCGGAUAUGCAACUACGAUGAGAUUGGAGAGAACAAGUGUGUUUACAGGAACGACUUGUUGACUGUGACAAAAGAGCAGGUCGGUGUUACGGGAGACCUUAUGAACGAUACGACAUUGGCGCAUGCCAACAUGCAAUGUCCGCAGUGUGGAAACGAUGACGCUGUCUACUUCCAAGACCAGUCGAAGCGAAAGGAGACGCGGAUGAUCCUCUUCUUCGUCUGCACAAAAUGCAACCAUAAUUUCACGGACCCAACGGUGGCCCGACCACAGGAUGCAGAUUGACGUGGAUAGAUUAUUGGAGACUGGUGUUCGCUUGUGUACAUUAUCGGCUUAAUUCUAUGCUCUGUUACACUCCA